GCACGGCACAGCCAGCGCUUCCCCGGCUCUCCUUCAAGCUGAAGGUUACCCACCCGCGCAGCCAGUCCCAAGCCUGUGAGCGCCGCGCCUCGGGUCCCGGCUCCGGCUGCUUGGCGGCGGCGCGCAGGGCAACUACCUGGCCGCCCGCGCCGGGGCGCACUGCACCAGCGGCUUCGGCUUGGUGGAUGUGUAUGCAUGAGUUCUGCACCGAAUGGGCGCAAAAAGCGCCCCAGCCGGUCCACCCGCUCCUCAAUCUUCCAGAUCAGCAAGCCCCCGCUGCAGAGCCGGGAUUGGGACCGCAGGGGCAGCGGCUCCGAGAGCGCCCACAAGACCCAGCGAGCCCUGGACGAUUGCAAGAUGCUUGUCCAAGAGUUCAACACGCAAGUGGCCCUGUACCGAGAACUGGUCAUUUCUAUCGGGGACGUCUCUGUCAGCUGCCCCUCACUCAGGGCGGAAAUGCACAAGACAAGAACCAAAGGCUGUGAAAUGGCCCGCCAGGCACACCAAAAACUUGCUGCCAUCUCGGGCCCAGAAGAUGGUGAGAUCCAUCCAGAAAUCUGCCGGCUCUACAUUCAGCUGCAAUGCUGCUUAGAAAUGUACACAACAGAGAUGCUAAAAUCCAUAUGUCUGCUGGGGUCUCUUCAAUUUCAUCGAAAAGGAAAGGAGCCUGGAGGGGGAACCAAGAGUUUGGAUUGCAAAAUUGAGGAGUGCGCUGAAACACCUGCUCUAGAGGACUCCUCAUCAUCCCCUGUAGAUAUUCAGCAACAUUCCUGGCAGGUUUCCACAGACAUUGAGAACACUGAAAGAGACAUGCGAGAAAUGAAAAACCUUUUAAGCAAACUCAGGGAAACUAUGCCUUUACCAUUGAAAAAUCAAGAUGACAGCAGCCUUCUAAAUCUAACUCCCUACCCCCUGGUUAGAAGACGGAAGAGAAGGUUCUUUGGGCUAUGCUGUCUCGUCUCAAGCUAG